AGCAAACGUGACAUUUGUCUUCGACUAUAGUUGCCUGCAGCCAUCCUCGUGAUUUAACGUGAUAUUGUUUAACAUAUCAUAGAAAAGAUCUGUUUGAAAAUGGAAACUCCCAAACCAGAUAAAACUCAUUUAAAAAAAAACAGUGAUUUAGAUAAUCUAUUAACAAAAUUUGACAAAUUAUCAUUGGCUGGAGCUCAAGAUCCUAACCAGAUUAUUGACCAUAUUGACACCUCAGAUAUAAUUUAUUUGCCGAAACCAAAUAAUGAUAACCCAGAAGAAUUAUUAAAAUAUAAUGAGACUUGUUUAAAAACCAUUCUUAAUUCUGGCGCUAAGGAGAUAUCAAAGGAUUUAAAAUAUAUCGACCACCAUCUGUAUUAUUUAAACCGUAAUAUUUACCAGUCAUUGUCAAAAUUUAAAUCAAAUGUGAUUCCUAAGACUUCACACAAUGCUUUAAUACAUUUGGUUGCUUUUCAGACAUUUCUCAAUGAUCAUGGUUAUUUCUUGGCUGGAUGCGAACAAUGGCCUAUUGUUGUGGACUAUGUUUUUAUGGCAUGGAAUCACGUUUUCCACAUGCCAAUAUUGAAUAGUCUUUUGCAUAAAGAAGCACGCAGUCGAUGUUUUUGUUUAUUGUUAAGAUUAUGUUGGAGUUACUAUGUGAGAACAGCAAUGAUGAAAUGA